GCAAGGAUAUUUAUUAUUAAACCGAUUUGUGAUACCGAAAAUUUGCACGAAAAUGUCGUUUGUUCGUGUUCAUUGUGAAGAUAAACGGCAUUUCAUAAAAAUUGAAGAUGUGGAAAAUGUGAAUUUUGGCAGUUUAGUCAAAAUUGUGGUCAAAUCAUUUGAUUUGCAAGAUGUUCAUGGUGCAGUUUUCCAUGUUUCCGACUCUCUGGACACAUGCAUCGAUACAGAUGAAAUUCUGAAGCAUGUUUUGAAUACAAGAAACAACGGUGACUUCUUCCUGAAAAUCGGUUUCAAAAGACGAGUUACUGAUGUGAAUAGAUCAAUUUUGUCCACUGAUAUUGAAUCGUAUGUCGAUGACCAUGGUGGCAAAGAAAUUAUAAGUGCGUUCAAAAAUGAUGAUCGUUUGACUGAAAAUUUGCGUAGAAAAUUGGUGAACAUAGUUCUCGAUUUUAUCAUUGAACGAUUUGGAUUGUACCCGACAAAAGAAGAAAAAGUCGCAGUGGCAAUGGCUACUGUGAAUUUUUUUACAUGCUUCAAGUUGGCGGAAAGCCGUGUUGGUGGAAUUGAAUUGUUCUACAAUCCAGUAGGUGGACUAGGCUGGAUAACGUCUGGUUUGAAAACACGGCGAGCAAGAGCCAAUGGACAAGAUAAUGGAGAAAAUUUGGAUCAAAAUAUCAAUCGAGACAGUCCAUUGGAUCCAAAAGCCGAAAUUGAAUACCUUCGUAGUGCUGUAGUGAACGAAGUUACUCUGCCAACCAUUAAAGAAAAACUCACUCAAACGUUGGAAUAUCGCAGACUGCUAUUUCGUGAUCAAAACUUGAACCUAUUGCAAGAGUUCCCGUACUUUUUCCAUCAUCCAGAAUUGAUUCUGCAUGAUUUUCAAAAUUUAUUCGAAUGUAGCAAUAUCGCUGAUUUUGUGUCUGAUUGGCCAUUAUACAAAGAAAACGUGAAGACGGCCCUUAUACAGCAUGUUGCUGAUACUGAUUUUGCGACAGUUUUCUCGCCUGACAUUGAGGAUAUUUUAAUGCUUUUAAAGCUGUUGCCGAAUAAACCCCGUGGACGAGCCACUUCUAACAAUCGUUUGAACUUUUUGGAAUCCAUUGACCGUUUGAUUGUAUUUGGCAAACGCGGAACUCCUCCAUGGAAUUAUUUGAAAAAAGAGCAAACUCAACCAUACAUAAUUGCGUUCGGUCCGACACCAAAAAUAAUUCAACAGUACUUCAUAGUUGUUGAAAAGCAACUGAUCAAUGUCCCGACACAUUUUUCAUUCAUUGAGACAUUUGACCUUCUAUUCAAGUUGCACCACGUUUUGAAUUUCGACUUUGAUGUCAACCUCAAAAAUAUGAUGAAUUUUGUGGAAUUUUACAUGUAUAAAAUCUCCCGUCCAUCAUUCAAGCCAACAGUCCAAAUGAUCAAAGUAUUCAAGGAUUUAAUGAAUUGAAUUCGAUCUCAUUUUUAAGUGCUAUAUUUUUUUUCUCAUAUCACUAUUAGACUUAUAAGGAUUUUUUUUCGUUAUUUAAAAACUAAAUACAAUUUACACAACAAACCUUAUGAACCCAAAGAGCAAUGAAAAAGUGCAAAAGAUCACAUUUGAAAUGUUGAUUAAUUUAAGAGAUGUCAUAUUUUUCUUACCAAAUCUAAAGUACGUAUAUAUAAAUUUGUUAGGUUUAUUCAUAAAAUAUGAAUUAUCAUAGGAAGACAACUUUGAUUCGUUUGAACGACAGUUUUAUUUAUAUAUUUUUUUCUAAUAAGAAAUAGAAACAAGUUACAUAUAUUUUUAAAACAUAU